UGGAGCUGAAAAAGAUGGGUCAGAUCGUGAGGAGGAAGAGGAGAGGAAGGCCAUCCAAGAUAGAUCGAGCACGCCGUAACUCUUUCGUAGCGCCGCCGUCACCGGUGGACCGACGGAGGAGCCGUAGACGCCGGAACGUCAAGUACAGCUUUGAUAUCGAUGAUUACGUCGACGAUGACGAGUUUUAUGAUGAUGAAGAUGAGGAAGUCGGGAGGAGAGAGAAGAAGCUCAGAUUACUUCCAUGUGAAGAUGAUUCCAGGUCGCAACGGCGCGUGGGACACGCGCCGUCGUAUACGUCAUCUGACGACUACGAUGAAGAUGACGAUAGUAAGGCCUUGAAGAAACGGAAGAUUGGUGGAGUUGAUGAAGAGGAUUACGAAGAUAAUGAAAUUGAAGAGAUAAGAGGACGAAAAUCGGAAUCCGAAGAUGAAGAAGAAGAAGCAGGAGGGACGAACUUUGUUUGUGGGACGGCGUUGGAUCUUCGGAAGGAGGUAAUGUUGCCUGAUAAAAAGACUCUACAGUUUAUCCUCGACAAACUUCAAAAAAAAGAUAUUUAUGGGGUUUACGCUGAACCAGUUGAUCCUGAGGAGUUGCCUGAUUAUCAUGACGUGAUCAAGCAUCCAAUGGACUUCGCCACUAUCAGGAAAAAACUUGCUAAAGGAGCCUAUUUAACAUUGAAUGAAUUUGAGCAUGACGUGCUUCUGAUUUGCAGAAAUGCAAUGCAAUACAAUGCACCCGAUACAAUUUACUAUAAACAGGCAAGCUCUAUUCAAGAGCAGGCGAAACUGAGAUUCGAGAGGCUAAGGGCUAAUGGUGAUCGAUCUGAGUUAGAACUCAAGCCAGAGCAGAAAACGACACCAAGUUUCUCGUUACCUAAAAAACAAUUAAAGAAGUCAGUGGCCCAGACUCUGCAGGACCCUGUUGGCUCGGAAACCUUCCCAAAUGGUUCAUCUGGCCAGACUCCUUCGUUCAGACAGAAUAGUGGUGAAGUGCUGAUUGCUGAAAAUUCUUCGUUAGCGGAAAACAAUCUAGAUAAAGAGCAAGAACUACUACCAGGGAAGGGCUUCGUAUCUAAACUUGGAAGGAAGCCAUCCAUACAUGAUGAAAAUCGACGUGCAACAUACAACAUAUCCGUUCAACCAGUAACCGAAUCAAGCUCUAUAUUUUCUACCUUCGAGGAUGAAAGCAAACACUUCAUUCCUGUAUGUCGUAAUAAUGCUAAAUGUCCUCGUGUUUUAAUAGUUGGAUUGCACUCAGAUCAUUCAUACGCUAGGAGCUUGGCUCGUUUUGCUGCAACUCUUGGAUCUGUUGCUUGGAAAGUUGCAUCUCAGACGAUUGAACAAGCUUUGCCCGAAGGUGUCAAAUUUGGCCGUGGAUGGGUAGGAGAAUAUGAGCCACUUCCGACCCCUGUACUAAUGCCGGAAAACCGCUCCAUGAAAGAACCGGAUUUUCUUUCGAACUUCAAGAUUGAUGGAAAAUCUUCUAAAAAUGCAGCUUCGGGCAAUGAUAAAGCUCGUAAAAGCCCUCCGGUUGAUAACGGGCUGAAUGAAGGUGGUUGUGGUUCAAGGAAAUUGCCAGUAUUCGGGAACACCACCGUCAGUAAUGGUGCCCGGAUCCAUUUAAAUCAAGAAUCUCCGAGGGCGGCCGGUAAUGAUCUAAGACCUCCUUUCUUUUCUUCGUUGCAAGUGAAUCCCACGUUUUCCGGUACGAAUCUUCCGCAUCAGAACGACACACCAUCUAGGAAGUUUGCCAGACCCUCACCUCAAGUUGAACCGAAACCGAAUCACCCGCUCCCAACCCAUGCAAGUUCCGCAGAUUUCUUUGCAAAAAGACUGAUCUCUAACGUUUCUGAUAUCCCGUCUCCUAGACCCGCAAAACCCAUUUCACAAAACGGAAAUCUUAUGUCGUUGGCAUCUUUUAAGCAUCCGAUUCCGAACGGUACAAAUGACGGAUUUUCCCCUAAAGGAAAACCCACACCAGUUUUUCAAGAUUCUAAUAGAAUGGUUCCUAUAGACAGCAAUUUACCGUAUCAACAGGAACGAAAACCCACAUCAGUUAGUCGGGAUUAUAACCGAAUGGUUCCUAUGGACAACCAUUUGCCGCAUCAACAGGAACAAAAACCGACAUCAGGUAGUCGGGAUUAUAACAGAAUCGUUCCUAUGGACAAUACUCUUCCCCAUCAACCGUGCCUUAAUGAUCCCGUUCAGAUGAUGAAAAUGUUAGCCGAGAAGGCUCAACCUCAACAAAAUAACUCGAACGGUUUUGGUUCGGGUUCGGGUUCCCCGGUUGGCCCAAAAAGAGAGGAUUCAAACAAAGUGCAGCAUCAACAAAUCUAUUCAAAUGGUUCGCAAAUCGGCUCAAAACGAGACGAUUUAAGCAACGUUGCAUUAACCGCUGCUCAGGCAUGGAUGUCAUUAGGCGGGACCGCCGGAGGGUUCAGUAAACCACCAUUAACCGAAAACCCGAACCCCCACAAGAUACCUGCCGAUUCUUUAUACAACGAUCGCCUGCAGCCUCAAGUUUCACGUUUUCGUGGCGAGUUUCCCGUUCCUGGGAUUCAGAACUACCAACAACCGGUCCACGCUUUCGUCCCACAACCCGUUAGAACAACCAACGAGGCCCGUUUCCAAAACCGACAUUCUGGCUUCCCUCAACUACUAACCACGGAUCUAUCGAGAUUCCAGGGACAGUCUGGUUGGAGAGGGGUCGCACCUCAAUUACCGAACCCGUCAAAACCGAAGCAUCAAGAAUCAGGCCCCCCGGAUUUAAACGUAGGCUACCAGUCAAUGGGGUCGCCCGUUCGACAGUCUACGGCUAUGUUGGUUGAUUCUCAGCAACCAGACUUGGCUUUACAACUCUAAGGUGAUGUUUACUAAAAAUACCUGGCAAGUGCUGAAUGGGUAAGAGGCUCUGGCCGGGUCAGCAUCUCGGUCAGCAAUAUUUGGUUGUUAGAAGACGUUGAUAAACAACAGUAUCUCUUAUUCGGUAAGCACUACUUAUCUGGUAAGAGGUUAUAAGCACUUAGUAAACAACGUCUCAAAAACGAAAGAGUAUAAUAAGGGAGGGUUAGAUGAGUUCAUGUUAUGGUUGGAAAUUUGAAAUAGAGAUAAAUCUGAGUUAUAUAGCAAUUUAUAGUUGUACGUUGAGUAAUUUAUCUGUCUUGUCUUGUCUAAUCUGCUUUAUUUUUAUGCGGCAAAAAGACUGUAUUUUUGUUGUCUUCGGUCAUAUCAUGUCUCGCUGUAACUGGUGUGCCAAAUUUAGGAUAAAUCAUGUCGUCUCGUUCUAA